AUGACCACUCCACUGGAAGAUGCAAUGGACACCUUGAUCAGGAUUUUCCAUCACUACUCGGGCAAAGAAGGAGACAGGAACAAGCUCAGUAAAGGAGAACUCAAGGAGCUCCUUACCAGUGAGCUCACUGACUUCCUUUCAGGCCAAAAGGACCCCCUCCUGGUCGAUAAAAUUAUGAAUGACCUGGACUCCAAUAAGGACAAUGAAGUGGAUUUUAAUGAAUUUGUCAUUCUGGUUGCUGCUUUGACAGUGGCAUGUAAUGAUUUCUUUGAAGAACAGCUAAAGAAAGAGGAAUUUUAA